AUGAAAUUCGGCCACGCUUUUCAGGAGGCCCUGGCCGCCGAGAGCUACCCGCAGCAUUGGGUGGAAAAGGCCAUCCCCUACCGCCAACUGAAAAAGCUCCUAGGGAAGGUUCGGGAGGAGCUCAUCAAAAAAGGCUACGACCCCGAUACACUUCACCAGCUCCUGGCCGACCAUAACGCCGAAUACCGACUCGAGACGGAUGUUUCUCAUUUGCUACGGCCGAAACUUAUUGUGCGCCCAAACCUCUCGUUAAAAAACACCGCGGAGGUCGGAUCUUUGAGCGAGACUCACUUGUGGGCCGAGGGUACGGAUGCUACUAGCUUAUCCCAGCCAGCCCAAGACCACGGGGGCUAUGAAACCGACAAGUGGGUUAAGAUCCCUUUGAAUUCGGAUUCUCGGUUUUUCGGCCUCCUGCAAACCGACGUCACGCAGCUCGACGCGCUCCAGGAUGAGGAGAGGCAAUCGAUGAACGACAAGAUCAAGAUUCUGGGAACUGAGAUUGCCGGAGUAGCCAAGCCGCGCAAGGGGAUCCUGAACCUGUCCAAGUCGGAUCUUUAUCGCUGGCGUGAGAUUUUCGAGCUCUAUUUGGCUGCGCAGGUAUUCUUCUCGACGUAUGAAGUCACGGGCGGGUUACGCAAAAGCGAGAAGGCGCAGAAACAACUUGUUUGGUUCCAGGAUGAGGUCAACAAACGGCAGCUGCCGCAAAAGUUCAAGAUCGAGUCAAGCGCUACUGCGUAUGCCCAAUUCCUGGCUUUGAACGCGACUCUACUGCAAAACCUACAGUUCCAGGAGUUGAAUCAGACGGCUGUUACCAAGAUCAUCAAGAGUGAGUGA